AUGAAAAUGGAAAAUAUCGGUAAAAUAUUUACAGCAAUUGUCAGAGGCCUGAUAGAUAGUCUUAAAGGUACCGUUGCCCUUUUUUAUUUAGACAAAAAUAUUAAAGAAAAAGAAGAGAGGGGUUCACCACCUUCCUAUGAGUAUAUCAAAACACGAAAAUCAGAUGUAUCAAAAACUCCUAAACAGACUCCGAAAAUUAAACAAGAAGGAAAGAUUUUGAAAAGAACUCUACAAUGUUGUGGGCUUAAUGGAGGAGUGUUUUGGUUGAGUAUAUUGUUAUUUGAGUACGGCCUCCUGCCUAUGGUUCAGUACUUCUUGGUGUUCAUUUUUGGACAGACAUCUGAAAUCGGCAGUACGGCGUGGUCAAUUACUCAUUCUUUUCUUUCUAUUAUAUUCAGAGCUUUAUGGAUUCUCCCUCUUAUGGUACUAAGCAAAGUUGUGAACAGCUUAUGGUUUCAGGAUAUAGCUGAUUCUGCAUAUCGUUAUUCUCGUGGUCGACCCCAGUUACUUCCUAGUAUUGGCAAAUUAGUAGCAGAUAUUACUUUUAGUUUUUUAAUUCAGGCUGCUUUUCUCAUACAGGCAUCCUUAGUUAGUUACUUUCCAGUUGCCCCCUUUGGCUAUGUGUUUGCUUUGAUCCACAAUUGCAUGUUGUAUUCCUUAUAUUCAUUUGAAUAUAAAAUGUACAAUAUGGGCUGGGAACUUCACAAGAGACUUAAUUUUAUCGAAUCCAAUUGGCCAUAUUUCAUUGGAUUUGGGUUGCCUUUGGCUGUGCUCACUAGUCUUACUUCUUCUUGUAUCAUUAGUGGCUGUAUAUUUUCAAUUUUAUUCCCACUAUUUAUCAUCAGCGCUAAUGAAGCUUCUCCAGAUACCAACACCACACCUGCAAGACUUCCACUAUUUUCGCCUGUGAUAGCUUUGUCAAACACAAUAUUCCACAAGACACUAGCGACAGCGGACAAGAAUCGUGUCAAUACCAAGAAGAGCAGCUGA